CUAUGAUUGGUGUAUUUGAAAAGCUACCGGUGAUUGUGUCUAACCUGAAACCUCACGAAAGUAUUGUUUGGUUCGUUGGGCUGUUGCAUGCAGGCUUGCAGCAGCUAGAGAUUUAUUAUUGUCGGCUACAACGGUGGCAUAAUGACAGAAACGCAACAAAAAUCGAAAUGCAUUACUCUAAAGGGUUCCGCGGAGUUAGUCGCUGAAUACUUGCAUUUCGGGAUCAACAGCAUACUUUAUCAGCGGGGCAUAUAUCCACCGGAAACAUUCGAACCGGCCGAACAUUUUGGUUUGUCAAUCCUUGUCUCUACGGAUGAAAAGAUAAAAUCUUUCUUGAACACUGUCCUAGGUCAGAUACAAGAAUGGUUACUACAAAAGAAAGUACAAAAGCUAACGCUAGUCAUAACCAAUGUAAACACUAAAGAGGUACUUGAGAAAUGGGAUUUCAAAGUUGACUACGAAGGAUCGACUCCAAAUGGCACUGGUAUCGACAACAAAAAUCUAAACCUCCCGGAAGUCGGUACAAAAGAUACCAAGACGAUUCAAAAAGAGAUCCGUGAAGUGAUACGUCAAAUAACGGGAACAGUCAGUUUUUUGCCGUUACUCGAUUGUCUCUGCUCCUUUGAUAUACUGACAUACACAGUUCCAGACUGCAAUAUACCCACCGAAUGGGAUGAAACACAGCCAGUAUUUAUCGCCAACAGUCAGGAAGUACAACUCAGGACUUUCUCUACAUCCAUUCAUAAGAUGCAGACCAUAGUUAGCUAUAAAAACGAUUGAUACCAAUGAAACAGUACGCUUACAUACUGAAGUGCUUAUUAUUGUCAUUUUUAUUCUUCAUAUACAUUCAAUUGUAAUUAUGCUCCUUCAAUUGUAUCAUCUUUCAUAUUAGAAUGUAAUGGUCUUUAAUUUAGUUGAUCAAGCACACGAAUAAUUUUUUUAAUAAAUCUUUUUACAUACUCUCA